AUGUCAAUUUACAACCGGGAACUAAUUACUAAUGAAAAACCAGUAAACUUGACGGGCACAGGUACUAGCAACGACGAGCUAAACACUAAGGCUACAUCAGUAAAAUUGGUAGGUUCAGGUGCCAGCGACGACGAAACAAUCAUAGACCUGGAUUCACUUUCAAGCCAAUCAUCUUCUAAGAGCAGUCAAGAACAAAACGGAGGCAUAAUCAACGAGCACUCCAAGUCUUGUCGUUUUAUAAGUACACCGCAACAAGAUCUCGAUCGUUAUUCACAAAUAAAUAACGACGAGACUAAUACAAAAACAACUUUAAAUACUCAAAAACCAUCGCGUCGUCAAAGUUUCUUUAAACGAAGACAACAAUUUCGAAGUCAAAGUUUCUUUAAAAAAAGCUUCUCAGAAUUUCGUAACAAGAGAACAGAAACAUACGAUGAAAAUGAUGAGGUUCCUAUUGGUUGUUUCGAGUUUAUCUCUCUUCAAUGGUCAAAUUUGCGAGGAAAAAAGCGACCAAGUGACAAUGACACAUAUUACGAACGUCUAUCAGUCGGAAGAAUGGGAACUGGGUCUUUGGCCCCGGGACAAACGAAACAAUCGACGAUUUAA